AUGACACCUCACAAGGGGAAGGAAAAGAAGGAAGAACAGGUCAUCAGCCUUGGACCUCAGGUGGCUGAAGGAGAGAAUGUAUUUAGUGUCUCCAUUGUCUUUGCAUCCUUCAGUUACACCUUUGUCCAUGUCACUGAUCUUUCUUGCAAGGAAACCAUCUGCCUUCACUCCAAGGCCCUUUCCCGCUCAGGAGUGAAGAUCAAGUGGAUUGAGGAUGUCACCCCCAUCCCCUCUGACAGCACCCGCAGAAAGGGGGGUCACUGUGGUCACUGUCUGUGA